UUAUAUUGUUAGCAGACCUGUGUAGCAGACGUAUUAAGCCAUAUUAAGCACAGAAUAUACUAACGAAAAUAUAUUAAGCACGUAUUAAGUACAAGUAUGUCCUUUAGAAAUAAAAGUGUAUAUUCAGAGUAUUCAGACUGUGAUUCAGACCCAUAUGGCUGUGGGCAGAAUCAGCAGAUUAAUACUUGUUCCACUUGUAAUAAGUCUUUUAGUAUUAAACUGGAAGAUCAUUUGAAUACAUAUAGUCAUAUAAGUGCAAUUAAAAACAUGUUUUGUCAUUAUUGUGGUGUUCAGUUCAAUUUGCUGUCUGACUUGAAGAACCACCAGAUGGAAUCGAGAGAUCACCAAUUAAAAAUUAUUGUAAGAAAACUGAACCAUCCUCUGUUCAAAAUUGAACCUGAGGAUCCUAAGGAAGAACUAGAAUUAGAACUACAGAAACUAGUGUAUUACCUAUAUUAUUCAAAUGCAUUUCCUUACGAAGUCAGUUUGGAAUAUCUAAAAUGUUAUCAAUGGAGAAUGAGUUCGAAAGGUAUCUGUCAAGAAGGGAAGAAAAGUGUCACUAUUCCUCUACUGGAAAUCCUAAAGGAAGAUAUUGAGGUCUUGUUAGAAAGCGAUGAGAAGGCCAAUUCAACUAGGAUUAAGGUUUUGCAGAAAAUGGAAAGUUUAAUAAUUCUACAUAAGAACCUUAUAUAUAUAUAAAUAAUAUAUCUCUUUUGACUUCCAUAACAAAUUGGAAUAAAAUGUUGGAUAAAAUUAUCGGAGAUAAUCGUUUGAUCCUAGAUUAGUAAAAAUAUCCAGCAUUUUAUAUUUUUCUCUUUAUAUAAUUUUUGUUGUAUUUUUUUUACUUUCUAUUGCUUUUUUAUUGUUUCAGUUAAUCCUUUAUAAGUAAGUUUGUAGCAUCAUUUCAGUUUGAUAUUUUGAUUUUUUUACUCUGUACUAUUUUUACCUACCUAUUAUUAGUUGAGUCAUAGCUACGACUAUUAUAGCCUUGGUGCACUUCAGUUGAUUUUUAAAAUUUAUAAAAAACAGCAACGCUCGGUACGGCAGAAAUCAGAACUUUUCGGCUCUGUAUUUCAUGCAGACCCGGUUACUGUUCAUGUUGAUUGCAUUGAAAUAAAAUUAAAAUCCUUUAUUUAAGUACACUACUCAAAAUAAUUAUCACACAUCAUUAUUUGAAAAAAACUAACUAUUACAUAUUUCUAAACGAACCAUGCAUUUUUCUGCCUUCCUCUUGGUAGUUUUUUAUAGCGAGUUAGCGCAUAGCCUAAAGCUUGAUUUUCAUGCAUCCGUUAUACGUUGAUAUAUUGGUCCGACGGUGCUCUGAUUGGUCAUAGCGUUUUCGCGCCACUUUUCAUCCGUAAAUAUUUUAC